CCACGCCGUGCAGUGACUCUAGUAAGAGAUGGAAAGAGCUUCGUCAAUGCCGUGAAGAGCUUGAAGCAAUGGAUCGUUCAAAGUCAGUGUCUGACUGUCACAGUCACGACGUCUAUGGCACUCGCGUAUGUACAGAACAGGGAAGGGCAAGACAACUUCGCCAUCGGACAUUCACCGUCAGCCGGUUUCAUUCAAAUGUGUAGUAUUUCUUGAUCGCUUUGGUCACUACAGACAGACAGCCAGACAGACACACGCGAACCCCCUGUGUCCCUACCCUGGUAUACGUCAUGUGUCCACGUGUGCUUGUGCGCCAGCUCACCGUCCCACUUGCAAGUCAUGCCCUUGGGGAAUUUGACGAGAUCGCCCGCCUGGAUCAGCACCGGCGUGCCGCCGGUCGGCGUCACCGUCACCUCACCUGUAGGCAAUGCACCCAACCACAUGAUGCAAUCACACAUACCAGCAGCGCGUAAGCCACCAGUCUAUGUAGCAAAUCAAAUCAUGAUAUCACCUUCUAUGACGUAGGCCGUUUCAUUGUCCGAGUAAGUCCACGAGAAGUUGCUGACCUCGCAGCCCCAUGUGCCCCAUCCCUUCACACCCAAGGAGUCCAACUUAGCCUGCACAGAAUGCAGUAAAGCAGAGCAGCAGCAUGGCGAUGCGUUGCAUUCAUAAAGCAUCUCGCAGUGUGUGAUUCCUGCACAGAUCUAUACCUGCGGCGGCUGCCUUUCCACGUCUAUCUUCCAUUGCGGUCGUGCGCCAAUCUGAAUCAUGGACAAGAAGCUGCCUUUUGGAUGUUCGUCAGCUGCUCCUGGGCAGCUCCUCCGCCGGCCCUUGCAAACAG